AUUAAUUUCUUCCUGUUGUUUUCUUUCUUUCCAGGUUCUCCGUGCGUAUUGUUCGCGCGAGCGUGAGUCUGCAGAAGUAAAAGCCCGGCUUUCAACUCUUCCAACAAGAGUCAGAGGAGAGAAAAAGCUUGAAACAGCCAAGAGCAAACAAGAUCAUCCAACAUGCCGAAAUCGGUCAAUGUUCGGGUGACGACGAUGGACGCCGAGCUGGAAUUUGCCAUCCAGCCGACGACAACGGGCAAACAGCUGUUUGACCAAGUUGUCAAGACAAUCGGUCUCCGCGAAAUCUGGUUCUUUGGACUCCAGUAUACCGACAGCAAGAGUUAUUCGACAUGGCUGAAGCUCAACAAGAAGGUGCUGAAUCAAGAUGUCAAGAAGGAGAGUCCGCUGCAGUUCAAAUUCAGGGCCAAGUUCUACCCGGAAGAUGUGGCUGAGGAAUUGAUUCAAGACAUUACGGUGCGGCUCUUUUACCUGCAGGUCAAGAAUGCCAUCUUGACGGACGACAUUUAUUGCCCGCCCGAGACGUCGGUCCUACUCGCCUCGUAUGCCGUCCAGGCCAAAUACGGCGAUCACGAUAAGGAACUACACUCUUCCGGUUACCUGGCCAACGACCGCCUUCUUCCGCAACGAGUCAUGUAUCAGCACAAUCUGACACGGAAGCAGUGGAAUAUGCGCAUCUUUACCUGGCAUGCGGAACACGGAGGAAUGCUCAGGGAGGAUGCCAUGAUGGAAUAUCUGAAAGUGGCUCAAGAUCUGGAAAUGUACGGUGUCAAUUAUUUCGAGAUCAAGAACAAGAAGGGCACUCAGCUCUGGCUCGGCGUUGACGCUCUCGGACUCAACAUCUACGAAAAAGAUGACAAAUUGACUCCGAAGAUUGGGUUCCCUUGGUCAGAAAUCCGCAACAUUUCUUUCAACGAUCGUAAAUUUGUGAUCAAACCAAUCGACAAGAAAGCUCCGGAUUUCGUCUUUUUCGCGCCUUGCUCGCGCAUCAACAAGCGAAUCUUGGCCCUGUGCAUGGGCAACCACGAGCUCUACAUGCGCCGACGUAAGCCGGACACGAUUGAAGUGCAGCAGAUGAAGGCCCAGGCCCAGGAAGAGCGCCGAUCCAAGAUGAAGGAGCGCCGAUCCAAGAUGAAGGAGCGCGAGAAGUUGCAGCGAGAGAUUCAGGCUCGUGAAAUGGCUGAGCGCAAGCAGCAAGAAUACGCCGACCGGCUCAAGUCGAUGCAGGAAGAGGUGGAGUGCCGGCAGCGCAAGUUGCUGGAAGCCCAGGAGACGAUCCGUCGCCUCGAGGGGCAACUCCGUCAGUUGCUGAAGGCCAAGGAAGAGCUUGAAGUGUCGCAGAAGGAGCUGCACAACAUGAUGAAGCGGCUCAAUGAGGCCAAGGAGAUGGUCGAGAAGAUUAAGCUGGAAGAAGAGAUCUGCGCCAAACAGGUCGAGGUCCAGCGCAUCGCCGAGGAGGUUCAACACAAGGACGACGAGACUCGUCGUCUCCAGGAAGAAGUGGAAGAGGCUCGAAGGAGGCAAGAAGAGGCUGCAGCGGCCCUUAUUGCCGCCACGACUACCUCACAGCAUCAACACGUCAACGAAGGCGAUCACGACGAAGGGGAGGAUGAGGAUGAAGAUACACCCAACGGUGACAUCAGCGCGGGCAAUGAUUUGAUAUCGGAGAGCGACAUCAACUCGAUCCGCGAUCCAGUUGAAGACCGCCUCACUUUGGCCGAGAAGAACGAACGUCUCCAGAAUCAAUUGAAGAUGUUGAAGAAGGAUUUGGCCGGCACCAAGGACGAGACCAAAGAGACGGCCAUGGAUAGGUUGCAUAAAGAGAAUGUCAAGCAGGGUCGCGACAAGUACAAGACGCUACGGGAGAUCCGCAAAGGCAACACCAAACGGCGUGUCGAUCAGUUUGAUUUCAUUUGAUUUUAACGCUUAGUUUAAUUCGAUUUGACAACUAAAACAGCAGCACUUUAGUCAUGACGAAUUAGCCCGUGGCUCCCGUUCCCUUUACUACCCAUAGUCCGUAAAAGCCGGUUACAUCUUGUCUGUUUCAUUCGUCGUGUCGUGUGGAAUAGACAAACUGAGUUUUUGACUUGUAGCUUGUAGUUAUGAUUUUUGAAGAAGAGAUUUAUGAGCAUGUCGUUCAAGGUAUAUCUUCAUUUUCCUGUUGUGAUAUUGAAAUUUGCGUGUUUUGGUGUUUAUUUAGUUGGAUAUGAUUUGCGUGUUCAACUGUGUUUUGCUUUUGCAGUAGUGUUCUGCAGCCAUGGUGUUAUUGACUAAUAGCCUAGAUUUACAAUUGGCAUUUCAUACUACAUUUUACGUGCGGUUUUAUCAUGGUUAGUCGAUGGCUGAUGUGCUGGCCACAUGGUCUGGUUCAUUGUUUGUGGUCGUCAAGGUUGAGGAGUGUGAAAUGAAUAAUGAUGCUUUCUUGGUAUUGCAGCCACAUGGUGUAUGUUGAGUGUUCUUCUGGCAGAUGUCGACCCCUGAUCUUCGUAUGUUUCAAUCUUCAAUUCUUGGGUAACACCUACAACAGUCAAUAUAUUCUCUUGUUAGUUUAGCAUCCUUUCGAUCUUGUAGCAUUGCAUGUAGGAUUUUUUAAAUAUAUUUUAAUGACAUU